UCAUUAGAAUGUGUCAUUAUUUAAUAUCUAUGGUAUAAUUUUCUGUUCUAGAACGCCAUAUUUUUGUGUAUAAUUUGUGACACGACGAAAAAAAAAAACAGAAUACAUACCUUGCUAUUGAGAUUAUUAAAAAUUUAAAAUGGAAAACCAAGGUGGAACUUCUGGACCUAGAGUAAGUGAUAAACGAUUAGCACAAACACAGGCUAAGGUAGAUGAAGUUGUCGGUAUUAUGCGUGUUAAUGUCGAAAAAGUAUUGGAAAGAGAUCAGAAGUUGUCUGAAUUGGAUAAUCGUGCAGAUGCUCUUCAACAUGGAGCUGCACAGUUCGAACAGCAGGCUGGUAAGCUUAAAAGGAAAUACUGGUGGCAAAAUUUAAAGAUGAUGUUGAUUAUUGGUGCUAUAGGUGCCGUCCUUCUAAUUAUUAUUAUUGUAUGGGCUACAUCUGGUUCGAGCUCAUCAUCAAAUGCUCCAGCGGUUACCCCAGCUCCGGAAGCACCUGCUGGACGAUAAAUAACAAUGCAGUUUUCAAGAACUAUCUUUAAAAAUGCUAUCACAAAGGUUUUUCUAUAGUACCUUGAACUGAACUGACGAAAUGAAACUAUUUUUUAACGAUUUACUCUUUGUAACCGAAAGCUUGCACAUAGGAUAUACAAAAAUGUCAUAAAAAUAUUAUAUAGCAACUUUUGAUACAGUGUCUACUACAUCAAAAUUUAUGUGUACAGCACAACCAAUGUUAAAAUUGUUAUCUUAUAAAGACUUAUAUGUACUAUAUAUUAAGUAUUAAUUUAAUGUUGCUUUAAAAUUUUUAUUGAUAUAAUGAAUGUUAAAUUGUCUAAUUGAAUACUACAUUGCUAAAUAAGCUAUUAUUAAAACAAACAGCUGUAAUGUACUUGUAAGUAAAAAAUUGUUUAGGGAAAGCAAAAAUAUAUAUAUACACAUAGAUGUUUGAUACAGAAUUGUUGCUUUACAUGUUGUUAUUGACAGUUACUAAAAUUUAAACUAUGUUAAGAGCACAAAAUGUAUUGUACUACUACAGCACAAAGUUUUAAGAGUUUUAAAAUAUUUCUAUGGAUUUUAAAUUUUCAAGAAUAUAACAGGGUUAAAUAGAUUGCAGUCUUUUUGGACUAAUAUAUUUGCUAAAACAUGCCAAUUUUUCAAUAAGGGCUAGGAGUUAAAAAGACCCGAACCAAUACCAAGGAAAGGUUUAUAUUCUAGCUACUUUAAAGAUAAUUAAUAUAUUAUAUUUACACUCUCGUUUAAUUUUCUAAGCAUUUUCAUACAGUUUGUUGUAAGGGACCAACGUUUAUUUGUAAGGAUUUGGAUCCACACAGUUUUUCAAUGUCUCCUGACCACAAGUUGAUGUUGUUAACCUAAUCCAAGAAAUAAUCAUCUCUUUAUAUCUUGUUGUUUAUAUUGUAAAAGGUGGAAUAAAUGUAUGUAUUAUUCAA